ACGGCGACGCCGCGGCCAUGUCGGACCUGGGCUCCGAGGACGCCGAGUCCGGCGAGGCCGGGAAAGACAUCGGGGAGUACGAGGGCGAUCGCGAUGGCGAAGGGCAGCGGCACGGGUUCGGGAAGGCGCGGCUGCCCAAUGGUGACACCUACGAAGGGCAAUACGAGCAUGGUUUGAGGAGUGGACAUGGGACCUACAGGUUUAAAAACGGUGCUCUCUACACCGGGGACUACCUUCAGAACAAAAAGCAUGGCAAAGGUGUCUUUUUUUAUCCAGACGGAUCGAAAUAUGCAGGGGACUGGGUGCAUGACCAGAGACAGGGCUAUGGAGAAUAUCUGUAUGCAAAUGGAGACACCUAUACUGGAGAAUGGGCUAACAACAAGAGGCAUGGGCAAGGCACAUAUGUCUAUAAAGAGACAGGAUCUAAGUAUGUUGGUUGUUGGGUUAAUGGAAUCCAGAAUGGACCAGCUGAACUUAUCCACCUAAACCACAGAUUUAAGGGCAGGUUUCUCAAUGGAAAGCCUUUAGGUCGUGGCAAAUUCAUCUUUGAUAUUGGAUGUGAGCAGCAUGGUGAAUACAUACAACCAGUGCAGGAAAAAGAGGAGGAAGAUGAGGACGAACCACCAUUACCUCUUGAACCAAUAUGGAAAGUAUCAGAAAUUACUAAAUUAACACCCUGGUCUCCCCAUGAUGAGGAGCUGCUAGUCCCCAAGGAAGCUGAAGGUGGAGAAGCUGAAGAGGAGGAAAUUCCAUCAGCUCUAGAUGCUGAGGAGGGUGAGGAUCACCCAGAAGGCGAUGCAGGAGGGGAAGGUGAGGAAAAGAGAGAGGAAGAAGUAAAUCAAGAUCAGGAGGAUCAAGAAAUUACUGAUUUUGGAGGAUGAACCAGAGGAAUCAGAGGAAUUGGGUAUAAUUAAAGGAAAAGACCCAAAAAAA